AUGGCUUACACACCGAAAGGAAAAGGAGCAGGCGUUGUGAAGGACGUCGUAGACACCAUAAAUGGAUUAGGGAUUUUCCCUAACGAUCACAAGUUUCUCUGCCGCGUGGCCUGGGUAGAGUCCAAAUAUGGGGAGGAUCCUAAUACCUACAGGAGUGGUUACUAUGGCGGCAUAUGGCAGGUAAGCGGACUCUUUCAAAUAAAUUAUGAUAAAAAAAACAGCAAAGACAAAAGCGACAUGAGUUUUCUCUCGUUAUCGCACGCUCAAAUUCCUUAUCAAACUGAAUUGACUAUUUAGUUUUUUCUUGUAAUCAUCGCUCCGUGUAAAGGUGAUAUUACACGAGACAAUUCGCAAGGACGAUUUUGAGCGCAACACCAGCGUUGCAAUGAUGGAACAACGUUGCAACCAUUCGAUUCAAUGUCCCAACAAUGUUGCAACGCUGUGUUGCGCUGUAACAUCACCUUAAGGGAAUCCAGUUUCUGGAAUCCCGAAAAUGUUUGCUUUUGAUCCAGAAUCCGGGAAAGUUUUGCUUGUGGAAUGCGAAAUUCCUGGGCUUUGGAAUCCGCAAUACAUCCCAAGGAAUCCGGAAUCCGAGUAACGAUUGUAAUCCGGAAUCUAAGUUCCACUGACAAAGACUGAAAUCCAAUGCCUGUAAUCCGGAAUCCACGGCGUGGAAUCUAGGUCCAAGACUGUCUUAGAUUCUCUUACACGGGGCGAUAAUUAACUAUUGAAGGCAAUACUUGAUAUUCUUUGUUUUAUUGAUACUCAAGGUUGAUGAGGUGGGUUACCGCGAGACCGUCAUUCAGACAGGCCUGAAAAAGUAUUGGGACCAAAUCAAGGCAAAGCUCGGCAUUGAUUGGACCCAAACAAGUUGGCAAGACUUGGAAAAGCCGCUGUACUCUGGUUUGGCUUCUCGGCUCUUUCUCGCCAGGCUUUCUCCUCCUAUCCCAACUGACCUGCCAUCGCAGGCACAGUACUGGAAGAAGCAUUACAACACUGUCGCUGGCAGUGGUACCGUGCAAAAGUUCAUUGAUGACGUCAAACAAGCGCAUGGUUGCGCUGUGUAG